AUGGGCUUAAAACUCUUGAUAAAGUAUUGGCCCGGAAUUUUUGGCAUUCCGUUGACAGCGAAACUCGGUCACUGGCAGUAUAACAGGCGUGAUUGGAAAGAGGGAAUUAUCAAGAGAUCAGAAGAGAGGCCCUUGAUGGAACCUCUUGACGGCAUUCCUUCCGACUUUGCGGCAAAACGCGAAGAGUACGAGUUUCGACGAAUACGACUAUCGGGCAAAUAUGAUAGCGAAUCACCAGAGUGCAUCAUUCAUCCUCGAACGUUUAUUCCCGCCAAAGAUGAGGAUUUCUCCAAGAUUAACGUUUCCAUGCGAACUGGGGCUCAUGUCAUUUCUCCUUUUGUGACUGAAGACGGACGCAGAAUCCUUGUCAACAGAGGAUUCGUGUCGCUAGAUCGUGUUGAAAGAUCAUUUCGCGACAAGGGACAGUCGAGCGACACACAUUCCAUCGGAGGAAUUAUCAGACUUGACGAUGACGUGAUUAAACUUCAUGGUCAAAAACCACGCGACGACGGAACUUACAAAGUACGCGAUGUUACAAACAUGUCAAAGGAUCUCGAUACGGAGGAGAUUUUUAUUGACCUGGAUCGCGAAUCAACUUUGCCCGGAGGACCGAUUGGUGGUCAAACAAAAUUAUCAUUCUCUAAUAAUCACUUAAUUUACUGUAUUCAAUGGUGGUCCCUUACCGCAUUUAUCACCUUCUAUACCAUAAGAACUGCGUUGAAGAUGUCGAGAAUCGUUUAUGUUGGCGCAGCUGCCCAGCGGGUGAAGACGAUUUCAAAGAGUCUCUCUGUCGUGCCACCCGCUCUCGGCGCUACCAUCGCCAUCAAAUGGACCAAAAUCAUGGCCCUAGCUCCUCUCGUAAAGUAUUCAGUACUCACUUUAACCGCCGUUCAAUUUAUAAUUCCCGUCAUUUUUUACCACACAGCAAAACGAUACAUUUUUCAAAUGAAAGUUUACAACCAGUUUGAAGAAGACGAGAAAUACGAAGUUUUAACACUGUCACCAUCUCUUUGGACAACAAGGAAGACUACCUUCACGAAUGGCGAGCAAGGGGUCUGGCAACCUAUGAUGAAUUCUGCGAGGCUAGCGGCUGCAACUGGCACAGGCGGUUACAAUUGUCAACUGGACAACGAUGGUAAUCUGGUUCAAAACGGAACUGUUUGUGAAGCUCCGGAAUGCGAGUGUUCAUUUGAAAAUGAGGAGCCAAUGCAGAUGAUCUUCACAGUUCUUUACAUUGUUCCAAUAUCUAUAUCUACAGUGUUAUCUGGCUAUGCUGCCGACUCGCGAUUUCGGCUCUUUUGGCUUGCUUCUGCCAUGGCCGUAUUAUCGCUUUCUCAAUUUCUGUUUCCAAUGGCGAAAUCAUUCCCUGUUCUGGCUGCUAUUCGCGUCCUAGGAGGUCUUUUUGAGGGAUGCACACAGCCAAUCUCGAUGGUUAUCAUAAAGUACAUAUUUGUCAAAAACACUUCAAAGGCGAUGGGUAUCUUUAACUGGGCAAUGUAUUUGGCGUAUGCAAUCACAAUUCUGCUAGCUCUUUUGACCAAGGACUCUUUCCGCUGGAGUUAUUACAUUAUUGGUAUUUGCUGCGCCACGAGUGCUGUCGCUCUGUUGAUCAUGUCCAAAUUUAUUGUCAUAAAUCAAGAAAAGGAAAAUACUUCAAUAAUCAAGGAGGAGGAAAAGUCAAACUUAAACGAGGCUGAAACUAAUGCCGAAGAUAGUGAUUGGAAAGAGAAUCUCUCACAAAUAUUGCAAGUCUUACUAAAACCAGCAACAAUUCUUAUUUUUGUCGGCGCAAUCUUUAGACACACGGCGGGCUUUACACUUGGAAUCAAUCAAGUGAAAUAUUUCGCAGAUUACAAGAACUUUGAAAACUCGGAAAAAUAUCUUUUCUGGAACCCCAUUCUUGCCGGUGUUGCGGGUUCUUUUUUGGUGGCUUGUUGA